AUGCGCAUAAGCUUUAGUACGAAAUUGAUAUAUUCUAUUCUUUUUACCGCAAGUCAGCAAGAGAAAGAAGUAGACGGCGUGGACGCUCAAAUAGCAAAAGUAGCUGGGAACAAAGUGAAAGAAUUACAGAAGUCUGUUGAAGAACUUGGUAAGAAGAUCGACAAAGUCAAUGCGGAGAUCACUAAGUUGCGCGUGGGCAUCAAUACUAGCAUCAGAAAUGCGAAGAAAUGUAAAGACAAAGUAGCACAAAUGGAGGUGGAUUUGAAAGAGACAGAAGAAAAUUUGGAAAGUCUAAAGAAUCAGAAGAAACAACUUACUUUGAGUAUUGCUGAUCUACAGAAGGAGUUUGAUGAGCUAGGAGAGAAAAUAAGCGAAGGCACGAGCGAGUUCACUGGUCUGCGUAAGGAGAUAGCGAAAUUGCAAGAAAACGAAAAUAAAUUGAAGAGCGAACGGUUGGAGGCCAAUAACUCUGUCAGUAAAAUGGAGAAAUCUAUACAGGACUGUACCAACAAGACACCGCAGUGGGAAAGAGAGCUGCAAUCUCUAAAAUUGGAAGAUCCCGGGAUCGAGAUGCCCGGUAUUACCAGACCGACUCCACUAGUCGUGCACACCAGCGUGGAACUGGAAGAAUUCUCCGUAGAAGAGUUGAGGAAUCGACUGACUGCUCAGAAAGCUAGAAUAGGUGACAACAAGCCUAACUUGCAGGCUAUACAGGAUUUCAGAGCUAAAGAGGAUUUGUAUCUUAAAAGGGCGGCAGAACUGGACGAAAUCACCACAAAGAGGAAUGAAAUGCGUAAUUUGUACGAUGAGUUAAGAAAGAAGAGGACCACCGACUUUUUAUGUGGUUUUAACACAAUAACAACAAAACUGAAAGAAAUGUACCAGAUGAUAACUUUAGGGGGUGAUGCUGAAUUAGAACUGGUGGAUUCACUUGACCCGUUUACAGAAGGAAUUAUUUUCAGUGUCCGACCUCCAAAUAAAUCGUGGAAAAAUAUAUCGAACCUAUCUGGAGGUGAAAAAACAUUGUCUUCGCUUGCUUUGGUAUUUGCGCUACACUACUAUAAGCCGACGCCUCUUUACGUCAUGGACGAAAUUGAUGCGGCUUUAGACUUUAAGAAUAUAUCUAUAGUUGCUAAUUAUAUUAAGGAGCGUACAAAGAACGCACAAUUUAUAAUAAUUUCGCUGCGAUACAACAUGUUUGAGGCUUGUAACCGUCUGGUUGGGAUCUACAAAACCCAGGAUUGCACUAAGUCACUCACAGUUGAGAACACGGUGCCAGAAGAUGAGGCGUUCGAUAAUUUGGUCGCAUGUUAA